AUGCCUUCCAGAAUCAUCGUCAUCGGCAGCGGAUUUGCUGGCCUCUACAGCGCCCUGUCCGCAAGGCGUCUCGUCAGCAUCCAUCGCAGAGAGAAACCAGACCAAAUGACCGCUGCCCUGGAAGACCCCUUCAAGACGACCGGCAUUCGCUUCAUCCAAGGCUACGUUGAGAAGAUCCUCCCGGAGGACAAACACCUGCUGGUUGGUGCUACAGACGGGACAAGCUCCAGCGAAAGCUACGACCGCCUGAUUGUAGCGGCCGGGAGCCAGCUGGCCCAUCCGGACAUCCCUGGGCCUAAAGAACACAGCUUUGCAGUCACAGCUUGGAGAAGGCGAGACCGCCGCAGAGCUCCCCGCCCGUCUGAGGAAUAUACUCGGCCAGGAAACCUCAGUCCACGUCGUCCUCGUCGAUCGAGCUUGGCCCUGAGUCCGCGGCCGUUCAUCAAGGAAGCACUUCAGGUCUUGCGCGUGGAGACCCGCCUCGGUUCGGAGGCUGUGGCUGUGGAAGCUGAUGGCGUCAUCCUCGGAUCCGGAGAGAAGAUCCAAGCCACCACGGUAGUCUGGACGGCCGGUGUGCGAGCAACCUCUCUCACAGACCAGAUCCAGGUCAAGCAGGACGGGCUCGGCCGACUCACAGUCGACGAGAGCUUGCAGGUGGCCGACAUAACCGGCGUUUAUGCAGCCGGAGACGCGGCGCACGCAAAGGUCGACACGGACGGUCACCCAGUAAUUAUGUCGUGCCAACACGCAAUGCCACUUGGGCGUGUGGCAGGCUACAAUGCGGCGGCCUCGCUCCUGGGGCUGAACCCGACGCCGUACUCGCAGCCGCUGUACGCAACGUGCCUGGCGCUGGGCAGCUACGGUAGCUUGAUCUCCUGGGGAUGGGAUCGGCAAGUCAUGUUGGCGGGGCCCAAGGUCAAGCCUUUGAAGCAAUAUAUCAACCGCGUGCUGAUCUACCCGCCCGGUGCCAACGAGACCGAGGCCUUUGCAGCUGCGGAUCCAGGUUGGUCAUAUCCUGAAUUCCCUGCCAUACCUUUGCCGGUUCAGUGA